AUGUUUAAUAAAAGGCAAAUAAGUUUUAAAUUAUUAGGGCGUAACGAGGGUAAAAUAAAGUCAUAUAAAUCUUGUUUUGAUGUGAGAGCUUGGAGUCAUGAUACUCAUGUACGAGAUCGCUAUCUUAGGGAUUGGAUAAAGUCCGAUAUGCCUAUUUGUGUUGUUCCUGUGUGCACUGUGGCUGGAAUGCUUAGAAAUAUGUCGUGGAGACAUCGAAAAAAGAUUACUCCAAGGUGUCAACCAGAAUGUAAAUCUAAAGUGGUUCUAGAGAGCAUUUGCAAUUCAUGCCACGCAAUCAAGGAAUGUUUAAAAAAUGAACAAGCAUUUGACAAAUAUUUUGUCGAAGAAGAGUUCGAAACAACGCACUGGCCUUGUGAGCGAUGCUUAGAAGCUUUAAAGGCGAUUAAAAUGUUUUGGAAAAUAAUACUAGAAAAAAUAUUUAGGAUAGAUACUAAAAGUGAAUUAAACGGUCCUUGUACUAGUAAUGAGAGUGUAAAGGCUGUUGCACAUAUUUGGCAAAGCGAAAUCAUAGAACGAGCACUUAUUGUCAAGACACUUUCACCAUUUUUAUGUGAUCGACCCUCAAAUUUUACUUGGUAUCGUGAAACAAGUGAGAUUAAUGUGAGCCAAAAUAUAACUUCUCGCAAAGAUAUGGGAACAGAAAUGGACAUUUUAUUAUGUAAUACGAUACAAAAUAAAAGAUCUUCACAUAAACCAUUAAGCAGAUGUACAUCUGCAGUAGUCAAAACUGUCGAUUUCAGUUGUAACACUUGUUUAUCUAAUGAAAAAUUAGACGAUAGGAAAAAAGUUGAAUAUAUGAAACAAAGAUGUAAUCUACAAAAUGAUGAAUUGAGAAUCUUAAAGAGAGAAAACAUGGCAAUGAAACUCGAACUUGAGACUAUGUCCAAAAAUAUGCCUUCUUAUACUCCACUAAAUAUUUCUGAUAGUAACAAUGUUGUGGCGCCUUUGCCUUAUGAAUCGUGUUGUGAAAGUGAUAACGUUGUAAAAGAUAUUGAUUCAGAAAUGAUAAUUACUUUGAAAAAUUGUAAGAAUACGGUUUUACACAAAACAAAUACUAUGGCAAAUGAAAGCUUUUGUGGAAGUUGUUGCAAGAAAAAUGAAGACCCAAAUAAAAUCUUGUCUAAAGUGCAUAACGCAUUUAAAGAAAUGAUAGAUAGAGAACAAAAAUUUGCGAGUAAAAGAAAGCUCUAUAGAAAAGAUAAAAACAUAAAUGCAUCGUACCAUGAUGUCAACACCAAGAAGUCCCAUCAGUCCAAUCCGUAUUCUGCAAAAUCUUCACAUUCCAGUAUAUCGGAUUCUAUUUUCGUGUCUACAACGGAAGUUUUA